CUCGGCGGAAGUGUGGUUGUUGUUGCUGCUGGCGGCGGAAGCCCGUGUAUCUGAGUGAGGUAGGUUAGGUCAGUGACAGAGUGUAGUCAGUUACCACUCGACCGUGCCCUGCGGUGACUCCUCUGCUGCAGACAAAAAUUAGGACUACCACAUAGAGGAGGAUGUCUGGGACUGUGAAAAAUCCUUUUCAACAUAUAGUGGAGCCCCUGGACCCCAAGGACCCAAAGCACCAGUUUUACAAUCUGUCUAAACUUGGAGAUCCCAGAUAUGACCGUUUGCCGUUCUCCAUCCGGAUCCUCCUGGAGUCCGCUGUCAGGAACUGUGAUGAGUUUCUGGUGAAGCGCUCAGAUGUGGAGAGCAUCCUCAACUGGAAGGAGACACAGACUCAAACUGUGGAGGUGCCAUUUAGACCAGCCCGAGUCAUCCUCCAGGACUUCACUGGUGUCCCAGCUGUGGUAGACUUUGCUGCCAUGCGGGAUGCAGUGAUGAAACUAGGUGGUGACCCAGAGAAGAUUAAUCCUGUUUGCCCCGCUGAUCUCGUCAUCGAUCACUCCAUCCAAGUGGACUUUAACAGGAAGUCUGAUAGCCUUCAGAAAAACCAGGACUUAGAGUUUGACCGCAACAGAGAGAGAUUUCAGUUCUUAAAGUGGGGCUCUAAAGCCUUCAGAAACAUGCGAAUCAUUCCUCCCGGCUCAGGGAUCGUUCACCAGGUCAACCUGGAGUACUUGGCUAGAGUGGUAUUUAAGUAUGAUGGGUUCUUCUACCCCGAUAGCCUGGUGGGCACCGACUCACACACUACAAUGAUCGAUGGACUGGGAGUCCUGGGCUGGGGUGUGGGUGGAAUUGAAGCGGAGGCUGUAAUGCUGGGACAGCCGAUAAGCAUGGUACUGCCUGAGGUGGUGGGAUACAAGCUGAGUGGGACCCCACACAAGCUCAUUACCUCCACUGACAUCGUCCUCACUGUUACUAAGCACCUCCGUCAGGUGGGUGUGGUGGGCAAGUUUGUGGAGUUCUUUGGCCCCGGUGUCGCUCAGCUGUCCAUCGCAGACCGGGCCACCAUUGCCAACAUGUGUCCGGAGUACGGAGCCACGGCAGCUUUCUUCCCCGUGGACGACGUCAGCAUCCAGUACCUGAAGCAGACAGGGCGAGAUGCUGAAAAGUUGGCCUACAUCACAGAGUACCUGAAGGCAGUGGGCAUGUACAGAGACUACAACAGUGUCUCACAGGAUCCAGAUUUCACUCAGGUUGUAGAGCUGGAUCUGGAUACAGUGGUUCCAUGCUGCAGUGGUCCCAAAAGACCCCAGGACAGAAUCGCAGUGUCCGACAUGAAAAAUGACUUUGAAACCUGCUUGGGAGCAAAGCAAGGUUUCAAGGGUUUCCAAGUGCCUCCAGAGCGUCACAACACCGCGAUCCCCUUCCAGUUUAAUGGAAAAGAGUACACGUUAAGCCACGGCUCAGUGGUCAUCGCUGCCAUCACCAGCUGUACCAACACCAGCAACCCAUCAGUCAUGCUCGGAGCAGGACUCCUCGCUAAAAAGGCAAUAGAGUGUGGCCUAAGUGUGAAGCCGUACAUAAAGACCAGCCUGUCACCUGGCAGUGGCGUGGUCACCUACUACCUAAAGAAGAGUGGCGUCAUGAAGUACCUCUCUCAGCUGGGGAUAUGGUUGUCACGCUACCUGACCAGCAGAGGUCUGACUCCUCGCGACUACAAUUCAUACGGCUCACGCCGAGGUAACGAUGCUGUCAUGGCCAGAGGGACAUUCGACAUCCGCCUGUUUAACAAGCUCCUCAAUAAGCAGGCACCGCAAACCAUUCACCUGCCGACAGGAGACACGCUGGAUGUGUUCGAUGCAGCAGAGAGAUACCAGCAGUCUGGAGUCCCUCUGGUGGUUCUAGCGGGGAAGGAGUACGGAUCCGGCAGCUCCAGAGACUGGGCAGCAAAGGGCCCCUUUCUGCUGGGCAUUAAGGCAGUGAUAGCCGAGAGCUACGAGCGGAUCCACCGCAGUAACCUGGUCGGGAUGGGAGUGAUCCCUCUGGAGUAUCUCCCCGGCGACACCGCCAACAGCCUGGGACUGACCGGCCGAGAGCGCUACACCGUCACCAUCCCCGAGCAGCUCACGCCCAGGAUGAUAGUGGACGUGAAGCUCGACACAGGGAAAACUUUCCAGGUGCGGAUGAGAUUCGACACCGACGUGGAGCUGGCUUAUUUCCACCACGGAGGCAUCCUCAACUACAUGAUCCGCAAGAUGUCCGAAAACUAAACGCACAGCACAGGAGGAGGGAGAGUGUUUUUUUUUUUUUUUACACUAUUCCACUGAUCAACAGGGGGCAGUAAUUUGCCAAGAUGUGCAGCCGUGUGCCAACAAACAGGGAAGAAGUAGCUUGCAAACGGUGCAAGUUUCACACACGUUUUUAUGAGGAAGGAAAUGCAUCACGUUUGUUAGAGCUGCUGAGUAAUGCAGACCAGAAGCGGAAGAAAACCACAUGUUCCAUCUUCAUCCACAGCCACGCAGAGCUCAUAACCUGCCCGCAGUGUGAAUCAUAAGAAAGCACUAAGAGUGGCGAUGUCAGUAAUAUACUACCAAUGCCCCGCCCCUUUGGUCACGAUGUUGGUGGUCAAGGAGAAUCAGAAUGAAAUUUAAUCUUUGCACAUGUAGCAUUCCGUGACAAGUGAUGAGGAUAUUAUUGAAAGCGCCAAAGGCUGGAUGCCGGCGAACCUGAUGAUCAGUUGUGGUGAACCUCUUAAUCAUGAAGACAGAACUGUAGUGUGACUUGACUGAGAGAGUAGAAUAUUAAUUGUAAUUAAAAUAUUGUAUCAUAAUAAUCUCUACCUUACAUGCAGCACUAAUUUCAUCUCUAAUUCCAAGGAUCUCUGCUCGUUCUUCAGACAUUCCAAACUUUAUCCUAAACCUGCUUUUGUCACGUGUCAGGUUAAUGUCAUUGACUGCCUUAAUGACUGAACGUGUGAUGUCCUUUGUCUCAGUGUCUUAAUGUUUUUUUUCUCUGUUAUCCCGAAACACUCAAAAAUCACGUUUUUGUCGAAUUGUUCCAUGUUCUUUCCUCAUUACAUGCCUGACUACACUACGCCACAUACUACUGAAAAGUAGAAUAAAAUGUGAUUUUUUUUUUCCUUUUGGAAUA